AUGGCCGCAUCCAACAGCUCGAUGGAAGGCAACGACUCCAUACUGUACAUCAGCAACAUGAUCUGGAAAGACUCCUUCAUGCAGUUCUCCCCCACUAGAUUCGACUCUCUCAAGAUAGUCAAGAGCAAGGUGGUUGACUUCUUGGCCUAUCUCCACGGCAACCUUACGCAAGCGAAGCAGGCCAUCUCCAGUGCUCAGACUUGCGAGGAUCAAGCAAAGGAUCGCCUGAAAAAGAUGUACCUAGAGUUGCUGCGCCUUAAGUCAACCAAGGGUCUUGAUCAGACCACUAAGAGUGCUUUAUCGACUUUCGGCAAGGACAUUGAGAAGAUCCUUCAAGAUCUUUCCGAUGCGAAUCUACAUCUACACUGUGCAACUGGAUAUGUCACAUCGGCGGACGAUACCACCCAACCGCAUCAUCACAACGACACUGAGGGCCAAAACAGCCAGGAUAACAAGAACAGCAAGGACGAUGCUAAGGCUGGUAGGAAGCGCAAGGUCACUGAUGAUGAGUCUGAUGGCGCAAAGAAGGGCAAACACAAGCGUUUGAACCUUUCUCUCAGGCAUGGAAAGGGAGUUGGUGACGAUGAUGUGACCGGCUAA